AUGAGCCAAAUCGCUAGCUUCCUAUCGGAGAAUCGGGCCCCUCUUCUAGUCAACGUCUACCCUUACUUUGCAUACAUAUUCAAUCAGAAAGACAUUUCCUUGCCCUACGCUUUGUUCAAUACUAAUGAAGUUGUGGUGAGAGACGGAGGAUUCGAAUACCGAAACCUGUUCGAUUCCAUCACCGACGCGGUUCAUGCGGCCUUGGAGAAAGUUGGUGGUGGCUCAGUUGAGAUUGUGGUGGCCGAGAGUGGUUGGCCAUCUAAAGGGAACGGAGAUAUAGCGACUGUUGAGAAUGCGAAGAUGUAUAAUAACAACUUGAUACGGCAUGUUUUGGGGAAUUCUGGGACGCCAAGGAGGCCAGGGAAGAGCAUUGAGGCUUAUGUUUUUGGUCUGUUCAAUGAGAAUUUAAAGCCUGCCGGAACUGAGCAGAAUUUUGGGCUGUUCUAUCCUGAUAUGACUGAGGUUUACCAUGUUAAUUUCGCUGGGAUUUAA